AACUUUUUAAGAAAAGAACGAGCACGAAGCUCGUUCGAAUUUACUUCUAGAAACUUUGCAAUUUUUCUUGUGUAAAGACGAUCGAGGGUGGUUUGAGGUUAAUUGAUGCGUUGCUUAUUUACGAGCUCGACCUCGAACGGUUUGAGAGCGUAUAGGCCUCGUAGGGAAAUCUCGUUGUUCGCAAACUUGACCUUAUCCUACCAUCUGGUCUUUUUUUUCAACCCUAGCGUAUCUAGUAACUAACUAGAGAACUAACUAGUGCGUAAACGGAUUGUUGUGCUUAAAAAAAUAGUCGAGGUUAUUUCGUAACGAGCAUAUAGAGUGAAUCACUAAUUGGAGAGAACGAUUAUUCGCAAACUUAGUCCUAUCUCUUAGCUAACAUCUGAUCUUCUUUGUAAUCCUAGUGCAUCUGGUAAUUUACUAGGGAACAUCGUAGACAGAUGCCAAUCUCGGUUGAGCGGAGAAAAGUUUUAAUAAGAUACAAAGACUUUUGGAUUUAGGCUAACUGGUUAACCCUCCCGAUGGAGUUCGAGAGAAACCGCAUUUAUUCAUAAAGUAGAGCCUUCCUCUAUUCAAACUCGCGUUAUCCUCGAGCCAUCUAGUUACUAUCUAACCUCCUCCCCCUGCUAUUCUUAUUCGGUAUCGUUCGAGGGAAAAGGGGGGCAGGGAUUCUUAUCGAGUGUCGCUUGCUGGCUCAGGAGAACUUUUAAUAACUCCGUAAGAGCCACGACCUCGUCGAUGAUCUCGACUUGGCAGCCAACUUGGCACACUCGUACCAACCUCAAAAAUCUAACUAGCUGUCUUUACAAUAGGCGCUCGGUUGCGCGCGCAGAUCCUGCAGAAUCCUGACCCGCGGGCUUCUAGCGUAAAAUCACAUCGUAAAACGUGUCUCUAUACUUCGUAUACUUAGUCCAAUGUCUGCCCUAGUUCCCCAAUGCGAAAUGGCGGUCGAGAUACAUCGCGUGCGUGGAAUCACAGAUUAUGGGAUAUGCAUCGAGAAAAUAAUGGGACGAUUUUUAAAAUAGAAAUAGAAUCGUAAAUGGGUGAGGUGAUUUCAAGUCGCAAAUUACAAGGAAAAAUUCAGAUUCUGAAUCGUGGAGGUUAAUGAUCGUCGAACGAAAGAAAAGAAAGGGAUCGAGCUGAAGAAAAAUUUACGAGCGAGGAAGACAGAUAUCUCUAGAUCGUUCGAAGAGGAGGAGAAUCGAAAUGGUCCCUAAUGGUAGAUUAAAUGUGAUUGGUUCUAAAUGGAUGAUCGAUAUAUUAAAGAAGCAUGCACGAAGCCCGACUCUCGAUACUGGAGGAAUAUACUCGGCGAGUGUAGGCCGUGGUGGAAGGGUGGUGAGGGUUGGCCGGGCGGGGAUGGCUUUAACCGGUCGAUACUUGGUUCCACAAGCGUUACACCAGGAAGGGGUGCGGGAGGAGCGUGGCACAGCCCUGAUCCUGUUGGCCGGACAUCGACGUUUGCCAGCCGGACGUGUAAUCGCGGAAGAAAGCUAAGACGGAUGCCAAGCAUGAAGAUAUUCGGGUACGUUCACCUAUCGAAUUAACCUACUGAGCUGGAGAAUCUUGCUCUUUUUU